CAAACACCUCACCCCCAUUUUUGUUCUUGUAAGUAAAUUUGAAAAAUCAAGUUUAUAGCAAAGCAGAUUUAGCUUCUGGGUUGGGAUCAGACCAUUCUCAAGAAAUGGGGAUCAUUACUGAGGAUAUGAUCAAGCAGUUUCAGAAGAUGCUGGAUGACAUUGAUGGGUCACUGAAGAUGACAUUUGAGAACAUGCAUCAAGGAUAUCCAGGUGAAAAUCUUUGUCGGUUUCUCAAAGCAAGGGAUGGAAAUAUCUCAAAAGCCCAAAAAAUGCUUCUCGACUGUUUAGACUGGAGGAUACAAAAUGAGAUUGACGAUAUCUUGGCGAAACCAAUAAUUCCUGCUGAUCUUUAUAGAGCUGUGCGGGAUUCACAACUUGUGGGAAUGUCAGGUUACACAAAAGAGGGUCUUCCUGUUGUUGCUGUCGGGGUAGGGCUCAGCACCUACGACAAAGCAUCUAUUCACUACUACAUCCAGUCACACAUCCAAAUGAAUGAAUAUCGAGACCGUGUGAUAUUGCCUACUGCUACUAAGAAGUACGGCCGACAUAUUAACACAUGUGUCAAAAUAUUGGAUAUGACUGGCCUAAAGCUUUCAGCCCUGAACCAAAUCAAGAUUUUGACAGCUAUAUCAACCAUAGAUGAUCUGAACUAUCCAGAGAAGACAGAUACCUAUUACAUUGUUAAUGCCCCUUACAUAUUUUCCGCGUGCUGGAAGGUUGUGAGGCCUCUUCUGCAAGAGAGAACUAGGAAGAAAAUUCAGGUGCUGCAAGGCUGUGGAAGAGAUGAAUUGUUAAAGAUAAUGGAUUACGCUUCUCUGCCGCAUUUCUGUAGAAGAGAAGGCUCUGGAUCAUCUCGACACUCGAGAACUGAAAAAGAUGAUAACUGUUUCUCUCUGGAUAAUACCUACCAUCAGCAACUGUAUGAUUUUGUCAAGAGACAAGCUGAGCUAAAAGAUCGUGUCGCCCCAGUGAAACAAGGAUCCUUCCAUGUUGAUUUCCCAGAGCCAGCCCCCGAUGAUGCCAAAAUUGCCGAAACUAUCCAAUCCGAGUUUCAGAGGCUUGGUGAUCAAAGCAAGCUUUCAAAAAGCCUGAGUAACCUCGAUAUAAACGGUCACUAAUUCCAGAAUUUAAAACAUUCCUAACAAAUCAUAAAACCAUGGUGUCCUAUUACUUGGCUUCCAGCUACAAGGCUCUGAGUAAUUUAGUGAUGUAAUACCAUAAUGUCUCUAAUGGCAUGUAUAAGUAUAUAAUGGCUUCAUAAAGAUUGUAAGCAUUAUCAAACUAGAGUUUCUGUAAUCCUCCUGAAUAUAUUAUUAUCUAUGCUGUAACUUUAUGCAAAUGCUGCAGCAGCUCUGUUUUCCAACAUUUUUGCUGGCAGUGUCUUUUGACA